GAAUCCGCUUCUCCCGGGGUUGGCGGUUACGUGGGCCCGGCAGUGACCCUGGAACGUUCCGCUGUGAGGCUGUUGCAUCGUGUCCGAAUGACGGAUCUCAGAUGGCUGGUGGUCGUGGGCCUUCAGGCCGUUCUGCUAUUCGCACAGUUCACGAACGACGAGAUCCAGAGCCAAUAUACGAGCUGCGGCAAAGAGAUUAAUAUGAGCGAUAGCGAUAUAACGAGGCUCCUCGAAGCCACCAAGAAGCACAGAAUAACCAUUGGUGAACAAGAGGCGUUCCGGCUCGCGAAACCCCACGAACGUCAGGAAAUUUUGGACGAAAAAAACAGAGCGGCCGAAGUGGAUAAAAGAGCGGCUCUUGGUCAGAGAUUCUAUGCCUUCGAGAAAUGUAUGAUGACGCUGAGCGAAAGCGUCGUGGGUAAGGAUUGAGUCAGUGAUCCGUCGUCCAUCCAUCGUCGAAUCGAUAAAUAAAUCCCCAGCCGUUCUGGAUUG